GAGUGUGCAGAGACUGUAACCGGAACACCAGCUCCUAAUAAGCCGUUACCUUUUGAGUUUAAAGUACUUGAGGAGUGUAUUGAAUCUGCUUGCAGGUGCCUUGAAUCUGAGACUUCAACAUUGGAGGUAGAGGCUUACCCAGCUUUAGAUGAAUUGACCUCUCAGCUUAGCACACUCAAUCUUGAACGUGUUAGACAGAUCAAGAGUCGUUUGGUUGAACUCUCCGGUCGUGUGCAGAAGGUAGCAGAUGAACUGGAACAUUUGUUGGACGAUGAUAAUGACAUGGCUGAAAUGUAUUUGACGAAAAAGCUUAAUGCUCGUUUAUGUGAUCAGUCAUCAUUAAAAUUAGAAGGGUACAAUUCCGAAUUUGAAGAUAACGAUCAAAGUGAUGAAUCAAAUUCAGAAAAGUAUGACAAAUUCCUUUGUCCUAAACUUGACGUUGAGGAAUUGGAGAUGCUUCUAGAAGCAUAUUUUGCGCAGACAAAUGGAAUCUUGCAAAGAUUGUCUAGUGUAAGUAUCGAUCUAUUGAACUCUUUUAUCCUUUUGAACACUAACGAGAAAGAUUAUUGUAGGUUUUCAGAAAAAGAAAAACAUUUGUGAAAGAGAAAUACUUACUAAGUACUGUGCUGCAUAGAAAGGAAAGAAAUUAGCAAGAAUUAGAAUGAUUGAAAAUAAGGUUGAGAAAAAUAGAAUGAAUGGAAACAAGUGAGCAAAUGAGUAAAUUUAGGAUUCUAACUUUGUAAGCUUAAUAACAGAAAUAGAAAAGGAGUAAGAAAUAAAGAAAUAAGAAAAAAAAUUAGUGUUUUUGAUAAAGCACUUUAGUAACUUACAAACUACUUUGACUGAUUUAUUUAUAAGUUAGUUUGACAAAAUUAACUAAAAAAAAUUGUUUCUUACACUGGGUAGAAAAUCAAUUGUGUAUUUGAGAGACAUGAAAAUCGAUUUUCAUGUGGUAGAGAAAGAAAAUCAGUUGUCGUGAUGGAUGUUGGACAUUUAAGAAUCAAUUGUUGAAUGGAAAUAUUUGAUUUUUGUUUUGAAAAUUAAUUAUUUUUCAUUAUAUACACCUGUGAUAAUGGAUUAUUAACAAAAAAAAAAUUGAUUACUUUUAAUGAA